GAUUUCCACCAGAUCCCUAACAGAUUUCUUUCGUGAUGGAAAGUUAUGGCCAUCCCCGCACGUCCUCCAUUCUUAGGAAAUCGCACUUGAUCGUAUGAUAACAUCUGUAAUGGACAAGGUCUUCAUCGCCUUUUGCGCCUGCUUCACGUUGGGCGCGUCUACCGGAUCGCAUCCAAAGAGCGACUUCAGGCACAUCUCUUAUCAAGAUCUCCAGCUUUCAGUCGACGCGUUUGCCCAAGAUGGCAUUACCACUUACUCGCAGUUGUUAUUCGACGUCGCUCGCAAUCAAGUUCUAGUCGGUGCAAGAGAUGCAUUGUUUCGAUUGUCUCUGCCACAUUUACAUUUGUUGGAGAAUGCGACGUGGCCGUCGACGGAGAAGAAGACGGCGAUGUGCCUGAACAAAGGACAGUCCGAGGAUAACUGCCACAACUACAUAAAGGUCCUGCUCACGAACGGCAAAAGGAUCUUGGCCUGCGGCACCGAAUCCUUUUCGCCGUCGUGCACUUGGCGAGAGAUAGAAAAUAUUACGGCAGUCGUUGAAACAGUUGAUGGAAUAGCAAGAAGUCCAUACAAUCCUUUAUCCAAUAUAACAGCGUUAUUAACAGAAGACGGGGAAUACUAUUUCGGAGGACCCACGGACUUUUCCGGUUCCGAUUUCGCUAUUUACAGGAGUAUUGGAGGACCUGCAAUGAGGACGCAACAGUACAACAGCCUUUGGAUAAACGAACCGCAUUUUGUUGGGUCCUUUGAAACAGACAAAUUCGUUUAUUUCAUAUUUAGAGAGGCUGCAGUAGAAUACAUCAAUUGUGGAAAGAUUGUAUAUUCGAGGAUUGCCAGAGUUUGCAAGAAUGAUGCUGGUGGUCAAGUGAUGCUCAAGGAUAAUUGGACGACUUUCAUUAAAGCCCGACUGAAUUGUUCGAUAACCGGCGAUUAUCCUUUCUAUUUUGACGAGAUCCAGAGUACGGCUUACAUUCCCGGAGAGAACAUCCUGUACGCAACGUUCACGACGCCAGUGAACAGCAUCGCGGGAUCGGCUAUUUGCGCCUUCAACUUGACGGCCAUUAAUAAAGCCUUCUCGGGACCAUUCAAAUACCAAGAACAUGUUGGUAGUUCUUGGAACAAGCACUACUCCAAGAACCACGAACACUUCGAAUGUAAAGCUCAGCCGCGUAACAAGAACAUCAUAGAGAGCUCGAAGUACCAGUUGAUGGACUCGGCUGUUGAGGCUGUUACUCUCAGGCCUCUAUACGAUGCCCAGCUGGAGCGGUUCACGCAUAUAACCGUGGACGUCCUGGCGACGAAGCAGCACACCUCGAUCCACGUGAUCUACGUUGCAACGCAAGAAGGGCUCAUUAAGAAGCUAACGGUGAUGCCGCGCACACGGGCUACCUGUCUCGUGGAAGUUUGGAAUCCUGUACCGGAUGCUAGCGUGCCCAUAUUGGGUAUGCAGUAUCUUAAGGAGACAAAUUCCGUGUACGUCGGCACACAAGAUCGGCUUAUGCGGAUACCAGCUCACCAUUGUGGUCGGCACGUCUCCAAACGGAGCUGCCAGAAUGCAAUGGAUCCAUACUGCGGAUGGCAUAAGCUCAAAGACGCGUGUACCGUCGCUCCAUACUCUGAUCCUUCGGAAGACUAUUGGGAGCAAUUGGCAAUGACCUGCCCUCAGUUAGAUGCCCCCGUCGAUGGAGGUUGGAGCAGCUGGUCUGAGUGGUUUCCGUGCGCCCAUCGCGCGACCUCGGAUCCAGAUUCGAACGACAAGUGCCUCUGCCAGAUCAGGCACUGCAACAACCCGUCGGCCCGGAACGGCGGAAAAAGUUGUAUGGGUGAUUCAGUGUCAGUGACUAAUUGCACGGUGCAUGGCGGUUGGACAGCGUGGUCUGCAUGGUCGGAAUGCUCCGCCACGUGCGGAUUAGCUGUGAAAACGAGAACAAGGACCUGUACGAAUCCCGCCCCCGUCCACAGGGGCCGGGUUUGUGUUGGACAAGACCAUUCGGAGGUGCUGUGCACCGGGAAUCCACCCUGUCCGGUGGCGACACCCACGCCACAAGAUGGUGGCUGGAGCAACUGGGAACCGUGGUCGGGUUGCUCGUCGUGCGGGGGCGGCUUCCGUAAGCGCGCCAGGCGUUGCAAUAAUCCGCCGCCUCUAUCCGGCGGCUUGGUCUGCGUCGGCACGAACGUCGAGUACGAAACCUGUUAUACGCCCUGCGCCGAACAGAAGAAGGUCAACUUCUUCAUCCAGAACUACACGAACGCAAAUAACGAGUUCGUCCAGAUCAAGUACAAGUACGUCUGCCGCGCCCCCGUCCAGAACUCUUCACUCAUAAAGUUCACGCAGGAGAGGGUUUGCAAGAGCAGGCAUUGCGACGAGGAAACAGCACGGUGGGGACCGUGGUCAGAAUGGAACACCUGCAGCGUCACCUGCGGCAUCGGCUUCCAGUUCAAGGAACGUAUUUGCGAAGGUCGAGGCGAAUGCGUGGGUCAGACCAGCCAAAAACGGCACUGCGAAAUGCCACCCUGCAACUCAAUAUUCGGAUGGGAAGAAUGGACGAAUUGGUCGGAUUGCGAUGAGAACAGCAAGCAAUACCGCACGAGAAGAUGCAGGAAUAUCACAACGGAUUCCACGACUUGUCAAGGGUCCAGCAAAGAAACCCGCAUGUGUUCCGAAGAAGAAAUGAACAAUGAAAUUAACAUCGGCUCCUUGAACACAGCCAGUUUGUCUGCACCAAUUGUGGAAUAUGUGGUUUGCGUGAUCUUGGGUAUUUUGUUCGGCUUGUUAGUGUCGUUUCUCUGCUACCAUUACUUCAUCAAGAGAAGGAAACCUCAAUUACCCAGCUCACCUCAUUAUAUGACUGCAAAGUCAAACCAAUACACAUCCGUCCCCCUACGAGACAAACCCCCCAAGCGCCAGGGUGCAUCAUCGUCGAAUAUUUUGAAUGUAACAGCGAACAACGGAACGAUGAAAUCGCUGAAAUUCGACUACGACACAAUCAAAAGAAACAGUAAUAGUUUGAACAAUGGUUUAUUUGACGAUAAGUUUUACGAAUAAGACUGACACGGCAUAAGUUUUUCAGCCAGUUUCUUUUUGUAACAUAUAAAGCCUCCUAAACGCCUACGUAAUAAACAUACAAAAAAACAACAAAGCCUUAUCCCCCCCCACAUCCUUAUAUAAUAAUAUACUGUACC